AUGGCCCGAUGGCCCGAUCCCAUUCUGCGCCGACCUGCACAACCGGUCGAUGCACAUUGGUUCGGGACGGGUACAUUGCAGAAAGCUUGCGCGUUGUUGCGAGCGACAUCCGUUUCCGAAAAGGCAGUUGGGUUGGCCGCACAGCAGUGUGGCGUGGACGCCCGCAUCGUUUAUCUCCAACCGGAAGAAAGGCACCCGCUCAUUAAUCGAAGGUCAUUCCAGCGAACCGCAGAACUCUCAGAGAUUACUAUGAUAAAUCCACAGAUUGUGGAACGCUCGCCCGAACUCGACGUUCACUCUUGGCGCGAACAUUGCUUGGUGCUGCCACCAACCUUCGAUGCGACGGUUUUGAGGGACUCGUGGGUGACGAUUGUUUUCCGAGAUAUCCACGGGCGACCUCAUUCGGUUCGUCUUCGUGGAGAAAUGGCACGAGCGGUACAACACGAGCUAGACCAUGAUCGCGGUAUUUUGAUCACUGAU